CCGGGUCGCUGCUCUGCCCGCAGGCCGGCUGUGGGGGCUGGUGACGCGGGCCGGCGCUCAAGAGAGGCCCCGGAGGCGGGGCUCUGCCGGCUGCCCAGAGAGCGGCAGGACAGAAAGCUUUGACCUCCAAGCUGUUUUAAAUCUAGUAGAUAAGCCAGGUGAGUAGGUGGUUUACAGAAAUUGAAGAAAUGGAAGAAUUGUACAGACUUAAAUGGAUGCUCUGAAGUGAUACGCUAUUGCCACAAGCCUUUGGCCCACAUUUCAGUGGGAAUGCAGUUAGUUUGGAUAUCUGGAACUUUUUAGGCACCUGUCUCCGAAUUCCUGGUUGCUGGCCUAACGACUGUUGUAGGGGGUUCAAGACCUGGCCAUCAGUGCAAGGAUAGCCACACAGCAAAAUGUUUGCAAAACUAAAGAAGAAAAUUGCAGAAGAGACUGCUGUCGCUCAGAGGUCAGGAGGUGCUACUAGGAUCCCACGAUCAGUGAGCAAGGAAUCGGUUGCCUCCAUGGGAGCUGACUCAGGAGAUGACUUUGCGUCUGAUGGAAGCAGCUCCAGAGAAGAUCUUUCAUCCCAGCUUUUGAGAAGGAAUGAACAGAUACGGAAAUUAGAGGCCAGGCUUUCUGACUAUGCUGAACAGGUCCGAAACUUGCAGAAGAUAAAAGAGAAGCUUGAAAUUGCAUUAGAAAAACACCAGGAUUCUUCCUUGCGGAAAUUUCAAGAGCAGAAUGAGACAUUCCAAGCCAACAGAGCCAAAAUGGCAGAAGGACUGGCUUUGGCAUUAGCCAGAAAGGACCAGGAAUGGUCAGAAAAAAUGGAUCAGCUUGAAAAGGAUAAAAGGUUUCUGACAGCUCAGUUACAGGAAAUGAAGAACCAGAGUUUGAAUCUUUUCCAAAGGAGAGAUGAAAUGGAUGAAUUAGAGGGGUUCCAGCAGCAGGAACUAAGUAAAGUAAAGCACAUGCUUUUAAAAAAAGAAGAAAGUUUGGGGAAAAUGGAGCAAGAAUUGGAAGCACGUACCAGAGAACUUAGUCGCACCCAGGAGGAGUUGAUGAUCUCCAACCAGAUGUCAGCAGACUUAAGCCAGAAGAUAGAAGAACUUCAGAGAAACUACUCAACGCUGGAAGAGCAGAGAGAUCAUGUGACAGCUUCAAAAACAGGUGCAGAAAAUAAGAUCACAGCCCUGGAGCAGAAGGAACAGGAACUCCAAGCCUUCAUUCAGCAACUUUCCAUUGAUUUGCAAAAGGCCACUGCUGAAACUCAAGAGAAAGAAAAACUCAUCACACAUUUGCAGGAGAAGGUUGCAUCCUUGGAGAAGAGACUGGAGCAGAACUUAUCAGGGGAAGAACAUGUGCAGGAACUUCUAAAAGAGAAAACACUUGCUGAGCAGAAUUUGGAGGAUACCGGACAGCAGCUCUUGGCAGCCAGAAGCAGCCAGGCCAAUGCCACUGACAGCCUGGAGACUUGGGUGAAAGAACUAGAGCAGAGCCUGCAGGCAUCUGAGGAGAAGCUAAAACAGAGCAGUGACGUUGUGGCAGCUCGGGAAGCUCAGAUUCAGGAGCUUGCCUCCGCCAACAAGGAGAGCAGCUGUGCGCAGCAGCAGGUCCUCGCUCUGGAGCAGCAGUGCACAGAGCAGAUCCACACACUGGAGGCCCAGCUCUCUGCCCUGGAGAGAGCUCGGGCGGCCGACCAUGCGGCCGCGGAGCGGAAGGUGAGAGAGCUGGAGCAAGAAAAUGCAUUCCUUAAAGAAAGUAAGAAUGAAUGUGAACAUUCUUUACAACAUCACCAACUUGAACUAAAGAAGCUGAAGGAAGAAUGGAGCCAAAGAGAAAUUGUGAGUGUGGCAAUGGCUCAAGCCCUGGAGGAGGUGCGGAAGCAAAGGGAAGAGUUCCAGCAACAGGCUGCUAACCUGAUCGCCAUAGAAGGUGAGAAGGAGCAGAGUCUGCAGGAAAAAACUGAAGUGAUUCUCCAGCAAGAGCAGGAGAUUCUCCAGCUGAAGAAAGGUCACGACUCCGCCCUGCUGCAGAUGCGCCAGCUGCAGAGUGAGCUGGAGGCCCUGAGGGGCCUGAGGGCCGAGGAGUCGGAGGCGGCCGCCACGCGGGAGGACCUGCUGAGGCUGCGCCCGGAGCAGGGCGUGGUGCCCUCGGUCAGCGAGCCUCACGUGACCUCGAGGGCCAGGCAGGACCCCGCGUACCAGCUUCCGGCUGCAGAGGGGAUACCAAAUGGUGAGAUGGGGACCGCCAUGGAUCUAGGGCAGCUACAGAAGGAAAAACAGGACUUGGAGCAGCAACUUCUAGAGAAAAAUAAGACCAUAAAGCAGAUGCAGCAGAGGAUGCUGGAACUCAAGAAGACUCUGCAGAAGGAGCUGAAAAUCAGACCCGAUAACGAGCUUUUUGAAGUCCGGGAGAAGCCUGGGCCUGAAAUGCCAAACAUGGCCCCUUCUGUCACAAAUAACACUGACCUGACUGAUGCCCGCGAGAUCAACUUCGAGUACCUCAAACAUGUGGUUUUAAAAUUCAUGUCCUGUCGCGAAUCUGAGGCUUUUCAUCUUAUAAAAGCUGUGUCAGUGUUGCUGAACUUUUCACAAGAGGAGGAGAACAUGCUCAAAGAAACCCUGGAGUAUAAGAUGUCGUGGUUUGGGUCCAAGCCAGCUCCCAAGGGCAGCAUCCGGCCGUCCAUCUCCAACCCUCGGAUACCGUGGUCCUAGGCGGCACCACCCAAGGGUGAACGUCCAAGGGCUGACACUUUUUCUGUGAAAAGAACACUGACAUACCAGGCUGGGUGGGUUUUUAAUCACUGUAACUGCAGUAUUUUGUACAAGCAUCUGAACAUUGUUUACAAGACUAAAGGCCCACUCCUGCAGACUGAUAAGAACCUCAGGAGGUAGCUGAUCCUGUUGUUCUGGUCACCAGAGGGUCCUGGCACUACCCACAUUUCCACAGUGCUGCUAAAAUCCCAGCUCUGGCCAGCACCCAUCUGCCCCUGAAUCCUCUUUCAAGGUGAGCACUUAAAGCUGAAGCCCUCAGCAUGUGUCAGAGAGGAGGCGGCUGAUCCAUCGUGUGGUGAUGACACUGGACGUAGACAGCCCUUCAAAAUGGUACCCAGCAGCCCGGACCCACCUAGUUCUGCCACGAAGAGCCAACUCAGUGAGUCCGGCCUUUAAAAACUCCCUUUCCCUUUCAGUAUGUUUGGGUUCAGAUGAGUUAGAAGCAGCUUUUUAACCCUUCCUCCCAAGGAAACAUUAUUUCACGUUGUUUCUCAGACCACCGAGAACUUUAGAUGUGUCCGUCUUUAAGGUACUCUGGGGCCAGUGUGGAUUAAUGAAUAUGCACCUUUCUGACAGUAUCUCAUUUUACUGAAGAAAACUAGCAAAUGUAUAAAAAGAUCCUUAGUACCAAAUACACUCAAUUGCCUUUUUAAUGAAUGUACUUGUCUUGGAUAGGUUGCUGGUAAACCAUUUUAAACUAUUUUUUAUAGCUAAAGUUCCUUGCUAUUAUAAACAUGUCUUCUGUAUUAUAAAAUCCAUUUAACUGGUGUUCUUAAAGGAAAAUCAGAGCAUCAGGAGGAAAUUAUUUCUAAGAUUGGGAGCCCUGUCCCUUUGUAAUGUCACUAGCAAUCUUUGGCAUCUGCUUCCCUCUGAAGCAGUGGUGGUGUUUCAUUUGUUUAGCUCUUUUUUUUUUUUUUU